ACGCAGACACGUUACCGACAUCGAAGAAGAAGAAGAGGAAAAACAAAAGCUGGCAUAGACUCGGGGCUGUAACAUCAUCUGCCGUCUCUGCUUUAGUUUGCUUCAAUUCUGCUCCACAAACAUGUAAGUGGAGGCAGCAAGGUUUCAGCUUCUCUGGAGGCUCGUGUUGAGCAACAGCUGCUCUUAACGGACGCUGGGAAUGAGUGAGUUAGCUCGGCAGCUAAGCUAGCUGUGUGAGCUGUUAGCUCUUCUUCUGUGUACUCGCCAUCGUGUGACUGACUGACACACUGUGAGUUUGAUCAUCAGACAAAUUAACCCCGGGUAUCUGCUUCAUUCUGCCCGCUGCUGACCAACAGGAUACAGAUGGGAAAUCUGGGCAGCAGGUUCCAGUCCCCCUCUGAGGGACCAGAGGACACUAUAGAGGGCACAAGUACCAGCCGCAAGCACAGCUGUGAGUGCAAGAAGAGGAAAAGAAAUUCCCCGUGUGACUGUGACAGUGAACAAGAGGAGGAUGACCCCUUAUUAGAUACACCUCGCAGGCACAAACUGAAAAGCACAUCAAGGUACAUUUAUCAAACCUUGUUCCUGAAUGGUGAAAACAGUGAUAUUCGCAUCUGUGCUCUUGGACAGGAGUGGAACCUACACAAACUGUACCUCUGCCAGUCAGGUUAUUUUUCCAGUAUGUUCAGUGGCUCUUGGAAGGAGUCAAACAUGAUGGAAAUCAACUUGGAGAUACCGGACCAGAACAUUGACACUGAAGCUCUACAGGUUGUAUUUGGAUCCCUGUACCGGGACGAUGUUCUGAUCAAGCCCAGCAGAGUCGUUAGUAUUCUUGCCGCUGCUUGUAUGCUACAACUGGAUGGGUUGAUCCAGCAGUGUGGAGAGACCAUGAAGGAAAACAUCAGUGCAAAGACUGUGUGUGGUUACUAUGCCUGUGCCAGCAUCUACGGGUUGGAUUCAGUCAUGAAAAAGUGUCUAGAGUGGCUUCUUAACAACCUGAUGACUCACCAAAAUGUAGAACUGAUGAAAGAACUAGGGGCAGAUGUGAUGGAGCAGCUCAUUCAUUCAUCAGACCUAUUUGUCAUGCAGGUGGAGAUGGAUGUAUACACUGCUCUGAAAAAGUGGAUGUUCCUGCAGCUCAAUCCAUCGUGGGACGGUCCCAUCAAGCAGCUUCUGGCUGACGCAGAUGCCUGGCUAUGCAAACGCAGGACUGAUCUGUGUGAGAAAGAGCCCUUCCUAAACACAGAUGAAGGUGCACAAUUUUGUUCCGUGUUCAAAUACGUCCGUCUCCAGUAUAUAAUCAACGAUUUAGCGUCUGCACGCGUCCUGGAGAGAGAUAAUAUUUUGCCACCCGAUUGGUUGACAUCAGUGUACAAAAACCAGUGGUUUGCUAUGCUCCGCACAGAGUUUGACAAUGACAAUGGUCCCCAGGAAGCAAACAAGGAUGAGUUUGAGCUGAGCAGUAUGAGGUGUGGAAGGAAACUGACAAAAGAUGGAGAUUAUUGCUGGCGAUGGACAGGCUUUAACUUCGGUUUUGACCUGCUGGUGACCUACACCAACCGCUUCAUCGUCUUCAAGAGGAAUACUCUGAGUCAGCCAUGUGGGGGCGCUGUAAGCCUGCAACCACGAAGGCAUUUGGCAUACAGGUUACGUCUUGCCUCCUUUGAUACUCGUGGAAAGUUGGUGUGCAGUCGCUCAACAGGUUACCAGCUUCUCACCCUCGAGAAAGACCAGGAGUAUGUGGUGAUGAACCUGGACAGCCGCUUGUUAUCAUUCCCCCUCUACGUGUGCUGUAACUUCCUGUACACAUCUCCCCAGUUGGACAACCGUCCCGAUUCCUCAGAGCAAGAAAGCUCUGCCCGCAUCGUGUCUUGAUGCCAGUCCAACAGUUUCCAUUCCCGUGGCAACGCCGAGACACUGACACGCACUUGUACAGUAUGUACAGUAUGUACAGUUCCGCAUAUUCAACAGCAUUUCCACCUCAGACCUCUUGUCUUGCCUGUGACUCAGUGAGGUGUGACCGGAAAAUAUUUUAUAACUAUGUAUUCAGUGUUUUGGCACAUUCAGAGUUACCUGUACAUGGAGACGCGUCACAGUGCCUUUUAGAGCAGCUUCACUUCUCCUGUUAAUGUUUGUCAUUAACUGUCUACACUGAGAUCUUGCGACUUCUGUCAAAAAGGAAAUCCUUUGAAAUGGUGGAAAUCCACUUUGGACUCCACUCUACAGAACUUUUUAAAUGGCUGCAUGAUUUUUUUAGACCUGGUGUUUCACUGUACCCUGGGUAAUGAAAACGCCAUGGAACAGUUUUGUGUGUGUGUGCUCGAGGAGCAUUAUCAUUCUGGAAAUGUGGGAACAUCACCAGAGGGUGAACCUGAACCUUUGAAAAGCUUUGACAAACUGCAGAUGAAACCUCAUGCUUUCUAUGAGAUGAGCUGGCAUCAGAAGUUGAUGGUUGAUGUUAUCUUUUGGAUUCUACAGGUCAUCCUAAUCCUGAUGGCUGCAUUAAUGAGAUUACUAUGAAUAUAUGAAAUGUUGAAAAAUAGUUGUUUAAAUGACUUGUAAUGGAUUUUUAUGUUUAUUUUUUAAAUCCAUUGCUUUCCUCCACUGAUGGGUGUGUUUGAACAUUCAACCAAAUCUGGUAAACCUUUUUUUUCACUUUUGUUUUUAAUUGGCACUUGUACAGACCUGACUGUUUACAAUUAUUUGUAUAAGCACAGUAUGGUAAAAAAAAAACAAUCUACACUUGUAAACACAUCAUAAUUUCUGUUGCGAUAGAAUCCAAAGGGUGAUCACGCAAGAGGGAGCGAUACGAGUUUCAUGCAUCUAUAACCUGCUGCCGUUUGAGAUUCAGUGUCGCAUUACACUUGAUUUUUAUCACCUUUUUCCAUCCAUGUUGCAUCUUUACAUUUGGCACCAGCACGGACGGGUGAUGACACUGAACAUGUGGUGAAAACAGGAGCUGUUUUAAGUCUGAACUCCACUGGGUCCAUGGGUUAAUCUCACUUUGUUUUCUCAGUCUUAAAGUCUUUGAUGUGAGCACAUUUUUUCCCAACCCCCUUUGCCACAUUGAGUCCAUUUACAGUUAUGUUGUUCUUUUUUUAAGUGGUUUCAAUUUAUUUUUGCAGUUUUGGACAUCUAUUACCUCAUGCUGAUGAAAACUGACGCGUAAGUCAUUCUUACUCAGUCUGACUUGCCUCUAAACUGACAUCAGGUUAAGACGUUACAGGUGUUUCUUUUUUAUUAUUUGACAUUUAUUUAUUUUUUUAUUCAUUCGUACUUGUACGGAGUUGUUUUUGCAAAGGUAAAAAUAUGUACUUACACUAUGUACUAUCGACUGCCAAUAAAAUGCCCAUAUGUGUGGGCUGUGGUGCUAUA